AUCCGGGUCACGGGUACCAGUCUUGGAGGAGGAACUUUUUUUGGUCUCUGCUGUCUUCUUACUGGCUGUACCACUUUUGAAGAAGCUCUUGAAAUGGCAUCUCGUGGAGAUAGCACCAAAGUGGAUAAAUUAGUUCGAGACAUUUAUGGAGGGGACUAUGAGAGGUUUGGACUGCCGGGCUGGGCUGUGGCAUCAAGCUUUGGAAACAUGAUGAGCAAGGAGAAGCGAGAGGCAGUCAGUAAAGAGGACCUCGCCAGAGCGACGUUGAUCACCAUCACCAACAACAUUGGCUCAAUAGCAAGAAUGUGUGCCCUUAAUGAAAACAUUAACCAGGUGGUAUUUGUUGGAAAUUUCUUGAGAAUUAAUACGAUCGCCAUGCGACUUUUGGCAUAUGCUUUGGAUUAUUGGUCCAAGGGGCAGUUGAAAGCACUUUUUUCGGAACACGAGGGUUAUUUUGGAGCCGUUGGAGCACUUCUUGAGCUGUUGAAGAUCCCCUAAUCAUUACCUGGGGAGGGGUUCCUGGAACAUUCCACAAUGGGAUCUGUGAACUUUUGUUUUUUAAGAGACUUACUCAAUUUUAUGAUUGUGUACUACCCGAAUCAAAGCAAGAAAGGACAAAUGUAUUUUUCUAAGUCAUCAAGAUAAAUCCUUAAAAAUCCAGUCUAAACUAGUAACCAGUAAGGAAAGAUACAUACAUAAAAAUGUGGACCAUGUCCAUGGCAGUGAGGGUCUGCUGUGUUGAAGUUGCUCUUCAGUAUAGCUUUGUUACACCUGCCAUAUAUUUUUGAAAUUCAGUGUCACUGGAGCCACUUCAGGGGAGAGCUGUUCUGUGUUCAACUGUGGUUUAGUGUCUUGUUGCACUUACUAGAUGUAAGGCAGGCACUGUAUGUUGUAAUCUAAUCCCAGUGUUGUCAGUAUGGCCUCGGAGAUCAUCAUCUGUGCAUUAACUCUGGUGUGCAUUUAGUUUUUGUGUGAACAUACUUUCAACAUGUUUUAUUUCAAGGAUCUGCAAAUUUGGGCAGAGUAAUUCUGUAUUUGUAACUCUGGCAAUUAAGCAGUUUCUGGAAGGGCAGUUAAGGUUACUCUACACUGCAAAUCCUGGGAAGGUCUGUUUGGAAAGACGGGGCUUAGUGUACUCUGGGCAGAAUUUCCUGGGGGGCUGGGGUGGGUGGGAGGUAAUUUUGUCUGAAGCGAGUUAAGCUAGUAGGAAAAACACCACCACCUGGAAGAUUAAAAACCAGACAAAGUGGGCCUCUCGAAUUGACAUCUUUUCAGGGAAUCGGGGAAUCUGGUGGUUUCAGGCUGUAGAAAGUGAGGUAUUGAAGUCCAUUGAUUAACUCAUAGGAAGCAGGGUGCAGUACUUCCGCCUCCCCCCCCCCACUUGGGGUCUUUACUUGCCAGAAACUGCCAGGCAGGCUGGCUGGUGGGACUGCAUGAGGGCUGCACGUUCAGGCUUAAAAGGUAGUGUGAUUAGAGCGAGGUUUUAAGAUGGAGUCUUGGUAGAUUGACUUAACAUUUUCUUUCUGCUGUGCAGAAUCAUUUAAAAAACGCUUCCCUUUGGAGAUGGAGUAACAUUUUAUUCUGUGUAUUUUUGUGCCUGCUUCAUCGCUGUUGGAAGCAACGAAGGGUCUGUGUAAAUCAGCUUUCGAACCAGAAGGAAACCCCAAGGCGCAGCCUUCCUGGCACCUGGGCAGGAGGCACCUGGAGGGAAGGGUCCAUGGGUUGCCAAGGGGGGAGGGCUGAUCCCUCGGCACCUCUUGUGUUGGGCGCGUGAGGGCAGCAGAGGCACGUGCCUGCCAAGGGCAGCUGCCUGCAGGGCGGAGCGGCCAUUUCCAAGGGGCGGCCAAGGGGGACGCCCCUUCAUGCAGUUGGGCGCCUGUGGGUUGUAAGUGCUGCCAGCCUGGUGUGGGCAGCAGACCUGGAGGGACGCUUGUGGCCCUUGGGUGGCAAUCAGCUUCUCCGCUGUUGCUGCCCCUCGUGUGGGAGCCUCAGCCCAAGCCACCUCUAAUCUUCCUUAGGCCUCAGACACGGGCUUGAUGGCCCCACAUUCCCCACGGCCUCCAGAGACAGUGUCACUACCCAUUUGCUGAUACACAGUCGUGCUUCUGGAGCCCCAUGUGCCGCAGGCCCUCUUUGUUUGCUUCCCUGCAGAGACGGUAGUGGAGGGAAGGAGGGAGCCCGCUUCCCACAGAGACCCUGGCCCCUGUGCUGGGGGUUCCCUGCUUUCCCCCUACGUGUACUGUGCUCACGAGGCUGUGACCAGUGUUUUACGUGGCUGGCCUCUUUGCAGCCUUUGUGAACCCUGCAGCUGAGCAGGAACAAACCUGCCUGAGGUCCCAGGCUCGAGCUGGCAGAGCCUCCUCUUCUGCAGAGCGCUGACCUUCCGCUUCCGUGGAGCCGCACUUCCCUGCUCUGGAGAAGCUGCCUCCGUGACUUCCCUGUGCUUUGUGCUCAGCCCACGCUGUCACUAGCUGGGAGGGUGCCGGAUCCGUCACCAGUGAGUGGUUUCUAAGUCUGAUGGACAUUUCAGGUCCUCAUUUUCAGUUCUAACACAGCAGGCCCCUCUGGCUUUUCCUUCUGCCUCCCAGGCCACGCCUGCCUGUGCCAGCUGCUGCUGCUUAUAGGACACAGGUGCAGGUCUGUACCUCCCUCAGCAGUCCGCAGCCCUGGACGCUGAUUUCCAAGGUAGCGGCCCCUCCUAGCCCUUGCCUCUGACCUGUAGCCCCAAGGCAGUGACCGCCUUCCCCUCUCAUCACUGGGUGUAAGGCCAUCGCUGUACAUUCUCUUCCCUGAGCCUGAUCCCAGUUUACUGCCACUUCACUACCUCUGGCUUGUGAGAUUAACGUAAAUCAUCUCCCAUCUCCAGGUACCACUGCAUUCUGUCAGCAACGUCCCUCCCAGUCUGCCCAUCAUGAGGUAGCCUGAGUGUCCCCCCUGUGGCAACUAGAGACAGUGUGGGGGGUGCAGGCAGGGGUUGCCUAAACCAAGAUUGGAGAUGAAGGCUCACAGGGCUGAGUGCUGGGAUGCCGUGACUGGCAAGGGGGGAGGGAGUCUCUGUGAGGGUACCCAGGCUUCUUGGGGAGGCUUGGUUUUGGACUGUGUGAUUUUGAUACCAAAAAGGCAGCUGGAUAUUUUAAUUGGAGAUUUCAGACCUGAGAAUGAUGUGUAUCUAGGUGGGAAUUUAGUGACUAUGAAGGUAGAAUGAGAAUAACAAUUACAAGAUGGGCAGAGAAGGAAAAGGCUGCAAAGAAAGUGGUCCAGUAAGGGUUUGGUGGGGCCUGCUGCCCAGGCUGCUGGGGAAGAGGAGCUCUCUAGGCACCUGUAUUCAGAGGAGGUUUGAGAAGUGGUCCAGAUUUGUGGCAGGGUCAUGGAUGGCCUAGAGGGGAGCACUUUUUCCCCAAGCUGUGGGGCCAAAGCUGACCUGCAGGGGUCCUAGUGAGGGGCAGUGAGGAGAAAUGGCAGUUGCCACAGGGUGACUUUGGACCAGGAGAUGUCUUUUUCUUCUAACAGAAUAGUUGGUAUUUCCAAGCCUGUGAUGUAGCUAUAGAGGUGGGGUAUGGGCUAGUUCCACCACCUCAACCCCCCUGAGCACUGGUAUCUGCAUUGGUGAGACCACUGGUAAUGUCCAGCUGCAUCUGCAGUGCCAAGGCCAGGGAGGGAGGCAGGUGGGGCCUUGGCCUCUUUCUCCCUCACUGUGACCUGGUGCUCCAGUCCUUACCCUUGACCCCGACCCCCGGCCCCGGGAUGUAUGGGGUGCAGGCUGAAAGCUCGUCUUGAUCACAGUCCAUGUUGCUGGUGACCAGUUCUUUUUGACCAGAGCCACUCAUCUUGACUUUCCACUCCUGCUACACAGGCUGAAGUGGGGUAUAGGUGACCUCAGGUCCCUCUGAGUUACAGGGUACGUAUGCAACACAAAGUAUUUUCAAAACCUGUUUUUUAUUUACAUUUGUUUUAAGUCAAUUACAUGCACGCUUUGUUUCUAAAACAGGAGUAAUUAGCCAAAAAUGCAUUAAAAUUUUAAAAUAGCACUUAAAUAUACAAAAAUAUAGCUUACAAAAAACUGCGAAUGUUUAAAAAUAUUCUGCUGCAGAAUUCUUAGUGUACAAAUACGUCUAUGAAACCCGAGAAUCAGCAUUUCAUAAACCUUUUUUUUUGAGGGAGUUACACAAGAUCUAGUGAAUAAAAUCCAGUGGGCUAAAUAAACUACAGGACCUAAACUAUCCCCUUCGUGGCAAUGACAUCAAGAAAUGCAGAGACGACAGUAUCAGGAGCACUCUCGGAAAACCAGGCCCUCGCCAGGAGGGACAUCCCUAACCCUGGCCCCACCUGCUCUAUCCAGCAGGGCCUGUGAGGGAAGGGGCACAUGGAAGGAUAGUGUGCUCCUGGCCCUAGACUUAGGACCAUCCAGGCUGGUACUGGCACAGGGAGCAGAGGGGAGCUUCCUCAAACUACAAACAGGUCCCUUGGCUGGUGGGGACCACAUUCGAGGUCCAUGUCCCUGAAGCAGGGUGGGUGUUCUCCCUGACCCCAGAGCUGCAGGAGUGAGCUCUGGAUUGGUAAGCCAAGGGUGCGAUGCUUGGUCUAAAAGUGGAACGAAACUCUCUGCAUCUUGCAACAAGUUGGGCUCUGAAGGUGAACAAACUGAAUAAGCCCCAUUUUUCUCCUGCUAUUCUCAAAUGGAAGCACAUUCCAUGGCACAUGGGAUCUUUUGUUCAUCUUCUCUAUGAAAGAACCAUUUCCAGUUUUCAGCUGCAGAUUUUACCAGAAUUUAGACAUUGCAAAUUGAGACAUGUUCAUCUCUUUUACUUAAAAUUCAUAAUAGCUUGUGCGGAAGACAUUCUAGCCAGGAUGAGAUACUCGCUAACAGGUGGCAUUUCACAUACAGUUCCUUUCAAGUUUCAGGUUAGGGGUCCAAGUUGCACUUUUAAUCCAAGGGAAGGCAGGAUGCCAGGGAGGUUGGUGAGGACCAAGAGGCAGGAGUCCAUGCCCCUCCCUGCAGAGCUGCCUGGAAGCAGCAGCUCUAUCUUCUGCAGGGGCAAAAAUGGACUUAAGACUUUUUUUUUCUUUAAAGGAAAAGAUGACUGAUGGAGUAAUUUCUGUUGUCGAAUGGAGAAAAUUCUGUGGGAAGCAUUUUCUUUUUAAUGUGUGCAUAAAGAGUGGGGUGGGAAAGGGAGCAGAGCACAUGACCUUCAAUAUGGACCCUGAACGGUGUGUAUCUAUGGUUAAUUUGGAGGAGACUGCCCACCUACCUGCUUAGCAUCAUCUGAGACCUCCCACCCACCCACCC